AUGGCAGCCAGCUGGGUCUCCACUCUGCCAUUCCUACCAUGCCUACCCAUCGUCGACAGCGCAGACCCCAAUGCAGGCAUAGAGGGGAAUACUCAGCGGCUAAGAGUCCUCUCCAUUAAUGUCAACAGCCUGAGCGGCUUCCUUUGGGGAGAAAUCAAGGCUUUUCUAGGCGGAGAAGGACUGCAGUAUGACUUUAUCUUCCUACAGGAGACACACCGCACGUCCUCCAGUGCAUUUCAGGUUGACAAAUGGAUGGCCGUCGGCUCAGCUACCAAGCGAGGCGAGGGAGUACUCACACUCAUACACCCGAGGUAUGACGCCUCUCUCCGGCAUCAGGACAUCAUUCCAGGCCGGGUCCGGGUCCUCAGGGUCAAGGUGUGCCAUGAUAAGGCUGCGAUCGAAACCCUCAACAUUUACCAGCAUGUUUGGGUUCACACCGAUGAGCCCGAACAAAACAAGCAGCGUCGCCAGAACUUGCUGGACAAAUGCACUGCAGCCAUAAACGGCAUGGCUAAACGAGACACGCUCAUUCUGGGCGGGGGACUUCAACUCCGAAGCACAGCAUGUGACAACGAUCUUGUUGUUCUCAACACCUGGAGAAUGAAGGAUCCAUGCACAAACUACACGUGCACAGGUAAUUCCCAGAUUGACUUCCUUAUGGUCCGGCCACCGAGUGCAGACCAGCGAGCUAGACAGGUCCAGAAGCAGCCCGCACCGUUUGGCGCGUGGAAGGAAAUGACACAUCACGCGCUGGCCGCUACUAGCCUGCGUGUCAUCCGACACUUACAUUUGCCCAAAACAUCCAUCCAGCCAACACUCGAGUACUCGACCAAGGACCUUGACAAUGCCUAUCGCAAACAGGACCCGAGAAUUCAGGGCUUAGCUGCUCAGGUUCAAAGAACUCUCGGGGCCAGGACGACUACGGUCGAAGCGGUCAAUCAAGCCGUCAUCAGUGCGGUUGCCCAGAUCUUCUCCGCGCACUCCACGCAGCUUGCUAAGGAGGUCCAAAGCGCGGCGGACGCCUACUUGGACGCCGUAGAUGCUGAGGCACAGUUCUCAAAGGAAGGACUGCGCAAGGUUGCGGCGAAAGGCUCUGCGCUCCUUCUGGCGGCAGAGGGUUGGCAGGAAGCCAUGAGAGCUGUCAAGAGGACGUACGUCGCGCGCCAUGGAGACCACUUUGAGGAGCUGCACGGAACGCACAAUCACAAAGACCAGUCGCGCACGUACCAAAGGGCCAUCUUUCAGGCGUGGAGAGCUGCCAUCACCCACCCUGAUCCCAAGUCUCCCACAUGUGGCAGAGACGCAAAGACCUGCGAAGGUGUAAGCCUUUUGAUGCGGUGGAGCGACCAGCUGAAGUGCACUCCCAUUGGCAAGGCCGUGCCUGCGGACUCCGCUCCGGCCACAGCCUGGAAGGCCUGCGCGACAGUGAUAGCACCGGCUCUCGCUGCUGUAUCAGCCACCAUGCAGAAGGUGGAUUCCAUGCUACCAGCCUCGUGGAAAGACCCGCAAUUGUGUUUUUUGCCAAAACCACAUAAGCAACCAUCCACGGCCACGGCUUUGCGUUCGAUCGGACUCUUGAGACCUGAUGGAAAGGCAUAUGCGGGCUUUGUCAAGAACCUCCUCCUCGAACAAGCAGGUCCGAGUCUCGCCCAGACUCCACAGUACGCAUAUCUUCCAAUGCGUGAUACGACUGAUGCUCUAGCUCGUGUACACACUUGUGUACAGGCAAUCAAGGCGGAACUUCGGGCACUUGGAGGAGACCGAUUUACCAUUCGCCAGCGCAAGGAGUCCGGUCACGUCACGAAGGAGGCAGGUUCGUACGGAGCCGCGCCGUUCUGA